ACCCUGACCACCAGCCAGGCCAGGCCCUCCCUUUGAGGCCCCCUGCCCCACCCCACAAGCUCUGGGAAGAGGCGUGCAUCACCUGCUCCCACGGAGACCCCGCCCUAGGCACACCCCACUUGUGGGUGGCCCUAGCCUAGGCUGGCUACCUUCCCAGUCCCUGGUGCAAUUGGCACCUCCUUAGGCAUUUAGGCCCCUAGCUGGCCCCAGGUGGGGUGGGGUGGCCUGGGAGGAGCAGCCCUGGCACCACCACACCCCUUUCUACACCCACCAUCCCAGGAUGGCCAAGUUCUGUUUGACUUGCCUCCUCUUCAGGGGCCUGAGGGAGACACCAGUUGGGGGUGCGAGGGCGAGCAGGGUCAGAGCCUGCCAUCGCUAGGUCACCUGAACCACCUUGACAGUGACUGCAGACCAACCAGGGCCUAAGUAAGUACAGCUGUCACUGCAUCAGGGCCCUGUGAGGGUAACUCCCCAUAGCUACCUGAGCCUGAUCUGGGAAUGAGUGUGCUAACUCCACAUACUAGCAGCCUGGGGGGUAUUCCCAGGUAAGUCACAGGAGGGUCAUGCUAGGUCCCCACCUAGCCCAGGUCAGGCUUAGAGGUGAGGGCCCUAGGUCAUUGAGGUCAUCAUACAGGGCCUGCCCAGGCCCCACCCUCUGUCCUCAGGCAGAGAGCCCAGGUCCUGACUGACCAGGUGGCCACCAGGGGUCCUGUCAGUUAAACCAAAGACACAGGUUGGGCAAAUGUCAACAGGAACCCCAGGACAACCUGACCAGGGCUAGUACACAUUGCAUUCUGAGUCCCUCAGCGUCUCCCCACUCCUAAGAAGAACUAUGAGCUUUGGCAGGUCUCAGGACAGGACAGCCUGUGUUGGCUGAGCUGUGGGGUGGGAGCUUCCUGGAGGGCAGGGCCUGGACAGAGCACUGAGUCUUGGGGCUUCACACCUAGGGGCAAAGGAUCACAAAGGCUUAAGAUGUAGGAAGCAGGAAGUCUGGGUUCCCUUCAUUUUUUACACUAGCUUCCCGUCUAAGUGUUCUGUCAGAGCCAGCUCACCUCGCCUGUCACCAGCCCAUAUCACAUUCUUUUCUGUGAUAUCUUCUGAGGCCAAUCUUACCUCUGGCUUCCAUACCCUACAACUCUGGAUGGUAAAGGUAUCCUUCCUUCCCAAAGGAACUCCUGUUCAGCCCUCAAAUUCCCUGGGCUGCCAAGUGCUCUCUGGCCUGUGAGUGACCCUGGGGGCCUGGAAGUGUUGGGGCCCACCUCCCUGCCUGGGGUGCCCAGCAUGCAUAGUGCUCAGCCAGAGCAGGAAGGAGACUUACGAAGGAACUGGCCUGGGAGGGGCUCCCAGGGUAAGGGUGGUAAAGUGUUCAGGUCAGAUAAAGGCAGGGUAAUGAAAGUUGACCGGAGGGUCUAGCAUGCCCUGGAGGGUCCAGCCCCACCCAGUCUGCUCCACAGGGUGGGUGGUCAACCACUCCAAAGAUCCACUCCUGAGAUGUUGAGAAGGGAUUACACCCGGGGGUGCUGAAUGCCCUGCAGGAGGCUCUCCUUAGGUCAUCUGGCUGCCUUGGCACACGCUUUCAAGGUCAGUGACCUAAGCUGAUUCCUGGGACCCAUAUUCGGGAGGGAGAACCAACUCCCACAGGUUAAACCCUGACCUCCACAUGCACCAUGCACAGGGUGCUGGUGCGUCAGGGACUGGGCCACUCAUGGAGGUUACACCGGUGACUGGCCUAAGCAGGCCAGGGGUGGUUGAAUCGUCACAGAAAUGGCCUCUGAGGUCACCCUUAAAGGAUGUGGAGGCCAGGCCAUCAGGCAGCUGUCCCGGGCACCCCAGUGCCUAGCAGGUGACACUGCCCUGUUUUUCUGAACCCAGCCUGCUGACUCAGGAACCCCUUCCCGUCCCGCCCCCCUUCCCCACACCCCCUUACCCACACGGGCGGGGCAGGGAAGCUGGCCAGACCCCCAAUGCUAAUGUGAGGUGUACCGGAGGACCUGGGGAGGCAGGAGUUAGCACAGCCAGUGGCACCGGCGAGGCAUUGCCCUGUCGGUGCUGGGAAGUCCUAGGACUGGGUGUCCCGACCCCAGGCCAGCAAGCAAGGGGGGCAUAUGCGUCACCAUCGCCCGGCCCCCCGCCCCUUGCCCGCCCAAACUCCACCCCAGGGAAGGCGGUACGGAUAAAGGCUCAGGGGCCGUCUGCCUGUCCCCAGACCAGCAAGGCCACCUCUCACUGCAACCCACACGCAGGUCAUCUGGAGCAGAGGUGACCCAGGACUUGCGGCUCCGGAUCUUGCGAGCUGCGGCUGCGGCUGUUGCUAAGGCAAGGGACGCGCGGGGUAGCACGACCCGAGAGGAAUCUAGGCACCGUGUGAACCGGGAUAGCUCUCCCCUUUUCUUUGGGACCCUCCCUGAGCCGUGCCCAGGUCGCCAUCCUCCGCCCUUGAAGAAAUCGGAUCGCAGACCCCACCCUGGGGCGCAACCCAAGAAUCCCACGCGACCCCGGAGCGCCACUCGGAUUCUUGCUUUCUGGUUCGGUUGCUAACGCUGGGACCUUCCCUAAGGGGCGCACGCACUGCUGUCCCUGAGCGCCCGCAGAGCGGAGGAAGAACUGUUCCAGCGGGGGAGUCCCAGAGAGGAUUGGAGGCGACCCGCGGACCCCAGGCCUCCUGCGCUCCGGCUCAGUUCGGGGAAGCUGCAGGAAUUCGGCGUGGGGGAUGGGAGCAAGUUGACGCUCGUGCCCACGGUGGAAGCCGGUCUCAUGUCCCAGGCCUCGAGGCCGGAGCAGUCCGUUAUGCAAGCUCUGGAAAGUUUGACCGAGACCCAGCCCCCAGCGACACCCGGGCCAGGCCGGGCUGCCGGAGGAGGCUUCCGGAAAUACAGAUUGAUUUUAUUUAAGCGUCCGUGGCACCGACAGGGACCCCAGAGCCCAGAGAGGGGCGGCGAGAGGCCCCAGGUCAGUGACUUUUUGUCAGGCCGCUCACCUUUGACCCUGGCCCUUCGAGUUGGGGAUCACAUGAUGUUUGUACAGUUGCAACUGGCCGCCCAACACGCCCCACUCCAGCACCGCCACGUGCUGGCCGCAGCUGCCGCCGCCGCCGCCACCGCUGCCCGGGGAGAUUCCAGUGUGACUGCCCCGGUGUCCUCAACCUGUAGGCCAGUGUCCAGUGCCGCCCGCGUCCCCCCAGUACCCAGCAGCCCCUCACCUGUGUCUCCCUCACCUGUCACCGCCGGCUCCUUUCGAUCCCAUGCAGCCUCCUCAACCUGUCCCGAGCAGCAGAUGGACUGUUCCCCACCAGCUAGCAGCAGUGCCACCUCAACCCCAGGCAGCAACCCCACCCCUCGCUCCCGAAAACCCGGUGCCGUCAUUGAGAGCUUCGUGAAUCAUGCUCCUGGGGUCUUCUCAGGGACCUUCUCUGGCACACUGCACCCCAACUGCCAAGACAGUAGUGGGAGGCCGCGACGGGACAUUGGCACCAUUCUGCAGAUACUCAAUGACCUCCUAAGUGCCACACGGCAUUACCAGGGCAUGCCACCCUCGCUGACCCAGCUACGCUGUCACGCCCAGUGCUCACCUGCCUCACCAGCCCCUGACCUCACCCCCAAAACUACCUCCUGUGAAAAGCUGGCAGCCACGGCCCCCACCUCCCUGCUCCAGGGCCAGAGCCAGAUCCGAAUGUGCAAGCCCCCUGGAGACCGUCUGCGACAGACAGAGAACCGCGCUACACGCUGCAAAGUGGAACGCCUCCAGCUUCUGCUGCAGCAGAAGCGUCUGCGAAGGAAGGCCAGGCGGGACGCUCGCGGUCCCUACCACUGGACCCCCAGCCGCAAAGCUGGCCGCAGUGACAGCAGCAGCAGUGGGGGUGGGGGUGGCCCCGGAGAGGCUGGAGGCUUGGGCCUCGACUUUGAGGACUCUGUCUGGAAGCCUGAAGUUAACCCGGAUAUUCAGUCCGAGUUUGUGAUGGCUUAAAGGAUCCAGCCCCCUUGGGUCUGUCACAUCCCCACCCCAGACAUGGGGCGGGUGGGACACCACAGCCUGGACGCUGAGCAGCCCAGCUCCGGGGGGCAGGAGGUUACCUCCACUGCCACUCUCACCAGCCUUUCUGAUCCUUUUUUAGCUCUUCUCCCGAUUGUCUGCCCUGCGUCCCUGGUCACAUGCCUAUCUCUUUCCUUCCUCACCACGGUCGUCUCUGGGGGCCUCUGUGCCAGGGCCCUUCCUACCCACCUUCUCCAGCUCCAAAUAUGUAGCAGUCUGUUCCCAGAUGGCCCAGACGGAGGAAGCCACCCACCCCCAGCCCUUCCGUUCUGCCUAGUUCUCCCCCACCCCCAUUCCAUAACCCGAUUCAGGUUUUUGACUCAAAAUGUAGAUUCUCCAAGAAGCACUUUACAGAUGAGGGUUGGGGACCCUGGGAUGAGUGUAUCCACCCCCACCUCUGUCUGCAGACUUGGCCUCCAUUCCAGGCCAGCUGGAUCCCCCACCCCACCCACCCUGAGAAACUAAUAGAAUGGUCUCACAGGGGAACCCUUUGUCCACAAUUCCCAUUCAGCUCCUUCCUCCUGCCUCAGUCUGCAGCGCUACACCAGGCCUCGGCCACUGUGCCUGGCUGGCCCUGCUCUUGCCAUGAAAAGCUAGUUGGAUGGAGAACACUGAGGCAGGUGAUUGGUGGUCAGCUGGGGAUGCCCCUCUUCCUCAGACCAUCUUCUCUGUAGAUCACCAACUCCACUGUCCCCUUUCUCCCUCCCCCAUACCCACCUAUCCUCUACACUUCCUUCCCAGUGGAGCUUGGGGACUAUUUAUAGAUUCCAUUUUUCUGACUGAGCCAGUAGUGGUUGCUAUUCUCUAGGGGGAAAAAAUGGGGUAGGUGGUGGUUGGGGGCCCCAGAGAGACACCCCUGUACAUCUCCCCAUGCCCAGCUAGAGGGGCAGCCUCAUCUGCAUCAAGGAAGGGGGAUGGGGUGCUCAGCUGUAACUGCAUUAACCCCACCCAGGGGAGGGCCAGCUGCUGGGCCGAAUUGGCCUCACUGAUCUGUGGGUGACAGCCCUCCCCAAGAAUUGGGGCCUUUUCAACAAGGGUAAAUCUUGUGGGGUGUUUGGUUUUUUUUCUCCACAUUUUAAAAUUUUGUGCUAGUGGGAUCUGUUCCCACCCCUAACAUCUGUCUGUUUUAUGUAGGUUCCUCCUGUCCUUGACUCCUUUGUUCUAGUCUGUGAACCCCAGGUGUUCUACCCCCCUCCCCCGUGUUUGACCUUAAUGGUUUGGGGUGUGAACAAGUGUUGACUGUAGCUGUAAAGUUUUUUUGGGGGUGUGGGUGGGGGGUGGGAAAGGGAUUGAUCCUGGAGUGUAGAGGCCAAGAUUUUGGUUUGGUUUUUUUCAAUCUUUUUUCCAAAAAGAAAAGGGGGGGUUAAGUGGGUGCAUUUUUUAAGCUGUCUUGGAUACCUAUUUAAAUGUGUGUGUUUUUUGGGUUUUUUAUGAUUUUUUUUAACUGCCUGUGAUGUCUCCUGGGCUGAGGGUGGAGGCCUCAGGCAGGAUCCCACCCGUAGUUCCUCCUUCCACUGACAGACUUUCCGCAGAUAGCAUUAGCCACCCUCGGGGAGAGGAUUUGGCUCUGGGGGGAUCCACCUCGCCCAAGUAUUUUAUUGAAAUGAAAUUUGAAGGGGGGGAACCUUACACGAGCACCUAAUUUCAAAUAAACGAAAGUGAGACGUGAACUUGA